AUGUCGUUGUCGAGGGGAAGGCAAGUCACUCAAAUCCGCAAUCCUCCCGACCCCAACCCUGAUGAUCAGACUAACGAACUCCAGUACCCCGCGCUCAUACGCCUCUCCCUCCCCCCUAAGCACUCUCGACCCCCAAAAGGCUUCCAUAUUUGGAACACGCCUCACCCACCAUCCCUCUUCCAGUGCCGUCUCUAUUACCCUACAAGCCAUAGCGUAAACACUUAUGAGAACUACCCUGACCAAAGCUGUUUCCUCAAAGCCGUCCGCCUGAAUCCCUCCAACCCCAUCGAAGGGAUUACCUUCUUCCUCCGUCCCGAAGAUGGUAGGCCCCUGGGUAUGCACGUGCACCAUCCGGGGAAUGGAAACGAAAAGAAUACGGUGCUCCCACUCGGCCUGCCCCCCUUUCUCUGCCGAGGUGUCGAGUGGAUAUUCGCGCCCGUCGGCAAAACCGACCGGAUUGUUGGAUUCGGAAUGCGACACACACGGCAGGGCACGGACGAUGGGCGUGGUAUUACGAAGAUACGACAUGCCAUGUUACUAAGGCUGAAGCUGGCGGGAGACGCAGUAGCGGGGUAUUUGAUAGAGGAUUACCCCGGUUGGAUGGACCAAUGUCUCGCUCAAGUCAAGGAGGGAGAGGCGGAGGGGGAGGGUACGUCUGCCGGGCCAGUGACGCUGGUAUACGGCGUGCCUCAUCAUGGGACAUAUUGGGAAUGGUUUGGCGGGUACGACGGGACCUAUGACAACGAGGAUGUUAGUUUCCAGCCGUCAUUCCCAAGCCCGCCGGCCUUCGGCUUCUGGACACGCGUUCUUGAGUACCCGGUAUCUUACCAAACUAUCUAUUCAUGGGCGCCGCUGGAUAACGUUGUGGAGGCAGUGUUCACGUCGAUCACGCUGGACUCUUACGAUGACGAGCUCGAGCGUUCCUUUAAGGGAUGGAAGGCCGCACCUCUUGAGGGUUACAUUAAGCUUUGGUACGAUAUUGGUGAUGCGGACAGUAGGCUGGUUAUUACACCAACCCUCCUGUAG